AUGGCUGCUAGUUCUUUUUUGGCUGUUGUAUAUUUUUCAUGAGAAAAAUAUGGCAGACAUAAUGUAAGAAUUGAUAAUACGACUUGCAGACAUACCUGAAAAUUUUGUUACAGAGUAGGGAAGCCAUUUUAAGUUUUGCUUAGAGUCAACUGCUGAGAUAAAGCACUUGGCACAAAGCAAGUGACAAAACGCUUAUGUGAGUUGCGACUGGUGUCGAUUAAACCGAACGUCCGAGUCAUUCGAAGAAGAUACACAAGACUUGAUAAUCGUAUUCCGCAUUUCUGAAUCCUUGUCAGUAUUUUCGUUCAUCGUUUUCGAUAAAAAUUGUUCUUUCCGCACCUAAAGUUGGAAGUUUUCCGUUAGCACUAUUUAUUAUAGAACACACAGCAACAUGUCCUAUAGACCCAGCCGAGGAAGUUUUGGGAACUCUAGGGGUAGAAGUCGAGGGAGUUCAUAUAACUCAAAUUAUAGCAGCUCUAGAGGAAGCCGUGGAACAGGAGGCUUUAACGACAACUACCGAAGCCCUAACCGAGGUAGUAGCUCAUAUCGUGGGUCACGUGCUAGUAGCAGAGGAAACAACGGAUCAUGGUCAAAUUAUAACAAUGCAAAUCGUAAUUCUGGAUCUAAUUGGUCAUCUCCAAGUGAUAACAAUUAUGAAUCUCGAAACCGCUAUUCUAGUAAUAAUGAUCGUUACUCCAGUAGUCAUAGUGAUGACUUUAGGCGAUACAAAGAGGGUGGAAGAAGUCACAGAGACUCGGACGUAGGUGGCUAUGCAAGUUCCGGCGAUGAUUAUGGUCGUUAUAAUGGUGGUAGCAGUUAUUCUGAAGAACGUAGUAGCAGAUCGUCCUAUGCUCCAGAAAAUAGCUAUGGAGGAAGUAGCAGCGGGUACAGAAGUCGUGAAAACUCUCGUGACUAUGGUUCAGAUUUUCGCAAACCCCUGCCUCCUAAUGACAUCCGCUCACCACCAUCAUCUCCAAGAUACUCUAGCUCCUCAUAUAGAGGCAGAGGUUCUAGAGGGUUCCGUGUGGCCGAUAGGCCUGGAAUGAGAGGUAGAUCUUCUGCUAGUGUCUCAUAUAGAGGUUCAUAUGGGGGCAGUGCGGGAUUGAUCAAACGGAAACGACUCGAACCUCCAACUAGUAGUUGGCGGCUGAAUCCAGUACGUAAAGGAUAUGAAGCUGCCAAUAAAAGGAUACAUGCAGUCAAAAGAACUAGUAUGCGGGAUCAAAAUGAUUAUCGUGCUAGAAAAAUUGCUGAAUUUAGAGAAAAAACUCGACAAUUACGUGAACGUGUUAGGUCACCUUCAGCUGACGAGGAGGAGGUAGAAGAAGAAGUGGAAGAAGAGGUUGAAGAAGAAGAAUCUGAACAAGACGAAGGAGAAAGAAGUACAGAAAGUGAUGUACAACCUAAAAAGAAAAGAAAGAUUGUUAAAAAGAUUAUAAAAGUUACAAAGAAGGUUAAGAAACCUAAAGUGAAUGGUGAAUCUUCUAAGUCUGGUUCUGUCGAUAAAUCUUCGCCCAAAAAAAGUGAAAAUCAUUUGAUAGGUACUAAGGGAGACAUUAUGAAAUUGGUGUGUCCACAUUGCGAAGUGUCUUGUAAAACAGUUCGAGAAUAUGAAAUACACUUGUUGAAAAUUCGUCAUCGAUCUUCAAUGACUAUAUUAGCUAGAAAACGUAAACAUGAGCUAUUUAUGUUGCGUCAAGAUCAAAGAAAAGAACAGAAAGAUAUUGAUGAAAAAGUGGUUGAAGAAGAUGCAAAAGCCAAUAUUAAUUACUGCAAAUUAUGUCAGUUGAACUUCAAACAGCCGAAAAGUGAUCAUUUCAGCAGUCUUUUACAUAAAAAAAUCAAACAGCUUUUACAACCGUCGUGUAAUGUUUGUCAUUUAGCGUUUACAACUCCAAUGCGUCAUGAACAUCAUUUGUGUAGUACUAAUCAUUUAAAAAAAGUAAUUAUCCAAGAGCGGCGAACUAAACGUAUGGCAGCGCUACCAAGGACUGAUGAAGCUGAAGCAGACGUAGAUAUGGAAAACUUCAUGGUGUUGGACUCUGUUGGUUCAGUUGAUGAUGAUAGUUCAGAAGAAAAUGAUACUGAAAAAAAGAAAAAAUCCAAAUCUGAUAAAGAAAUUAGCUUGGGAAAAGAAUUUUGUAAAAAAGUUGAAGUUUAUUACUGUGAACUGUGCAAGUUUAAUUUGCCACCUCAUGAUGAUAUUGAACAACAGCUGAGUUUGCAUUGUCGUAAUCGUGUGCACCUACAACGCUAUGUGCAGCAUUGUGAAAAAAUAAAGACACGAGAAAGAGUAACAGAGAAAUCGACCAAAGAAAGUUCCCAGGAUGCAAAACCUGACAACGAAGACAGUAGUGAUUCCUCCAAUAAAGGUGUUAGUAUCGAUGGUAAAAGUGAUGUUCCAAACAUAGCUGACAAAUCAAAUUUUAUUGAACAUAAUGAUUUUGAUUGGUCUUCAUUGGAUAAUGUUAUAGAAAACGAGCCUACUAAAGAAGAUACUGAUAGUAAGAAAUCUUUAAAUAACAUGGCAAAAUGAUGUCUUCUAAUUAUUUUAAUUGAUAUUUCAAUCUUUUGCUCUAUAUCUGAGAACUCGAGUUAUGUUAUAACUUAUGUUUAGUUUGAAAUUAAAUUUAAAAGAAACAAUUAUUUACCUUUAACAUUAAUUAGAAUAGUUUUUUUUAAACUUUUUUAAAGCAUAUUCUUGGUUAAUAUUAUUAUAUGUACAUAUUAUUAUAUUCCGGACAUUACAUGUACUAGUGACACUGUUAAGACAACAAACAAUUGAAUAGCUUUUUUAAAAAUAAAUUUAACUAGAUAAUAUUAAUUUUAUUAGUGUAGGCAUAGUUUAAGAUGACGAAAAUAAUAAAUGUAAAAUUUGUU